AGUAGGAAGGAUACUGUUUUGUGUAAUUUCGUUUGCGCUCUAUUUAUCACGUAGUUGUAUGGUGAAUCUGUAAUAAAAUACACGUUAUUACUAAAGACUUACAAUUUCAUAAGUCUUGGACUUCAAAUCAUUUUCCUUCAAAUAAAUGAAUAUGCCCUUCAGAAAUUGUUAGGGCAUCAAUCCCACAAUGCAAGCAUAAACAUGGCUGCGCCGUAUGGAUCCAGAUCAUCUGGCGAAAAUGCAGGAACUUUUCAAGGAUUCCCAUUCAAUGUGUCAGGCAAACCGGCUAAUGACACUUCUGGCACGGAGCAAGCAAAGACGGAGGAGCCAAAGAAGAAACCGUGCAGAGCAUGUACAGAUUUUAAAUCGUGGAUGAAAACGCAGAAGACACAAACUCCGUCAGCUCAGGUGACAACACCAUCAGAGGGUGAGAGUGAAAAGCCAGUUGAGUGCCCACUGGACAGAGAGGAGCUAGGGAAAUGUUCAUGGUCGUUCCUGCACACAAUGGCUGCUUACUAUCCAGAGACGCCAAGCUCCAGCCAGCAGAAAGACAUGACACAAUUCAUCAACCUUUUUUCAAAGUUUUUCCCUUGUGACGAAUGUGCAGAGGAUUUGAGGGGAAGAUUGAAAACAAAUCAGCCUGAUGCCAGCAACAGACACAACCUCUCGCAGUGGCUGUGUCGUCUCCAUAAUCAAAUUAAUGUUAGAUUAGGCAAGCCAGAGUUUGACUGCUCCAAAGUCGAUGAGCGAUGGAGAGAUGGCUGGAAGGAUGGAUCUUGUGACUGACACUCACUAACUACAGGGAAUGGGAAACACUGAGAAUAAUUCUAUGUAAUGCUAUGUGUGUGUUACAAUGCUAUGCAUAUUAAAUGUGUAUUUGCCUUUUACAACCUUAUGCAGAGAAUAUGGUUUUACAAAUGCAAUAAGGGUCCAGCUCAUCCCAGCACUUUCACUGAUCUUGUCUGUUCAUUUCCUUGUGUUUUCUGAAAAAUAAAAAUAAAGGUCCACUUAUGUGUAUUA